AUGCGUGUGCCACUCGUCGAGGAGACCGCAAUUCGCCGAGGCGUGAGACUAUCCGGUCCUCCGCUUGAACACGCCACGACUCAUUCCGACGAGUACGCUCGGAAAUUCCGUUGGCCUCAGCAUGUUCGUAACCUGCGGAAGACUAACUUUUCUCAAGAUCCACUUGAGAUUCUGGAGGACUACGAAAGUGCUUUCGCACAAGUUCCUCGUCCUAUAGUGGCACUAGCUGCAGAAGCCCUGCGCCGCUCAUCGCGAAAACGAAGACGAAGUGGUAGUGGUGGUGGUGAGAAUCAAACAGAACCCAGUGAAGAGGGUCCUUCUGCGGCUACUUUACUGAACAUUGCCCGGGUCGGUGGGCAGUUCGGUGACCACUUUGUCGAGUCCUUACUCACUGCAAACGCAAGAGCACUUCAAGGCAUUGACGAUGGGUUCGACUACGAUAAGCGCUGCUGGUCUUCCCUCCCAACGAAGAAAAAGCCGAUCGCAAACUGGAGAUUUGUUCUCGAGCACGUACGAAGAACCAUGUGUAAAUCGGACCGUUUUCGGGAUGUCAUGUACCCGGCCAUGAAGCCUGAGUCAGUAGCGCCUGCAUAG